CACAAAUCACUUAGAUCUCGAAUUUUGAGCUUUCGACUCCCGCAACGCCGACACUUUCCCCGGACCAACACCACCAAUUGUGUCGACACCGGUCAUCUCGUCAAAAUGCUUAUUCCCAAGGCUGACCGCAAGGCGAUCCAUGAGUACCUCUUCCGUGAGGGCGUCAUGGUCGCUGAGAAGAACUAUGAGUCGACCCACGAGACCGGCAUCCGCAACCUUUUUGUCAUCAAGGCUUGCCAGUCUUUGACCUCGCGCGGCUACGUCAAGACCCAGUUCUCGUGGCAGUACUACUACUACACCCUCACCCCCGAGGGUCUCGACUACCUCCGCGAGUGGCUCCACCUCCCCGCUGAGAUCGUCCCCGCUACCCACAUCAAGUCGCAGCGGUCUCACGCUCCCCCCCGUGGCAUGCUCGGUGGUGAGGAGCGCCGCGAGCGCCCCUUCGGUGGCCGUGGCCGUGGUGACCGUGAGGGCGGUUACCGCCGCCGUGAGGCUGGUGAGGGUAAGGAGGGUGGUGCCCCCGGCGAGUUCGCUCCCCAGUUCCGUGGUGGUUUCGGUCGUGGCCGCGCCGGCCGUGGUGAGGCCCCUCCUUCGUAAAUGUCGGAAGGCGGAAAAAUCUCUCUCAAUCUUGGGUUGCCUGAACCACAGGCAUAAAACAGCAUGGGCACGACAUGUACUCUUAAGUCUUCACGAGAAAGAGUGAAAGGGUCGACCAGCGAUUGCACACCUACUCGCCGGGAACCGUGAGUGGUUUGUGAGGAGUUUGGUGGAUAGA